GCGGCCCGGGGCGGGGACUUCUGGCACUUUCUGGGACCUGCGAGCGUGUGGCUCGCAGACCAUCGGGCCGGAAACCCGCGCGUACCCGCUACCCCGGCCCUCGUCGUCUGCGCCGCUCGCGCCGCCAUGGCCAAGUGGGGCCAGGGGGACCCGCGCUGGAUCGUGGAGGAGCGGGAGGACGGGACCAACGUGAACAACUGGCACUGGACAGAGCGGGAUGCCACCGUUUGGUCCAAGGGGAAGCUCCGAGAGCUCCUGGUUGGCAUCGCGAUGGAGAAUGAGACUGGCCGGUGUGAGAUCAGUGAGUUGAAGCAGGUGGAAGGUGAGGCUUCUUGUAGCAGCCGCAAAGGAAAGCUUAUUUUCUUCUAUGAGUGGAACAUCAAGCUGGCCUGGAAAGGUACAAUUAAAGAAUCUGGUGCAAAACACAAGGGAUUAGUUGAAAUACCCAGCCUUUCUGAAGAAAAUGAAGUUGAUGACACUGAGGUGAACGUGAGUAAAAAGAAAGGAGAUGGGGACACACUGAAGGACCUUAUGAAAACCACAGGCACCGCCAAGGUCAGGGCGGCCCUUGCAGAGUACCUGAAGGCACUGAAGACGGAAUUUACUACAGGAAUGAUUUUACCUACCAAAGCUGUAGCAACCCAGGAUCUGACUGUUGAGAGGAAAGUGACUGGAAACACUUUGCAGGUACAGGCUUCUCCAGUGGCACUGGGUGUAAGGAUUCCCACUGUAGCUUUGCACUUGACGGAGCUGUUUGACACGACAGUAGAACAGCUGUACAGUAUCUUCACUGUGAAAGACUUGGUGCAAAAAUUUUCCAAAUCUCCUGCUGUAUUAGAAGCUGAAAAGGGAGGGAAAUUCCAGAUGUUUGACGGGAACAUCACUGGAGAAUAUGUGGAACUGUUAACAAAUAGGAAGAUCAUCAUGAAAUGGAGAUGCAGGAGCUGGCCAGAAGAACACUAUGCAACAGUUGCAUUGAAUUUCGUGCCUGCUCCAGGGCAAACGGAAUUACAAUUGGACUGUAAAGGAGUUCCUGUCUGUAAAGAAGAGAACACAAAAUUGUGUUGGCAGAAGCAGCACUUUGAAGAAAUAAAAGGAGCCAUAAUUUCUCAAGCUUAACUCUGGUGUUCUGAAAAAGAAGAAAGAAACGCUGUUUAGCCUGUAAGCAUCUUCAUAGCUGGGGGCUGCUGCUGAAUGAUCGUGUGCAUGUUUCCAGCAUGUUCCAUUCUAUGACUGUCAUAGAAUCUACAUAAAUCAACUACUUUGUAGUCUUAGCUGCCUUUAUAACCCUAAAUGUGACUGUUCUGGUUACUUGGGAGCCAUAGAUAAUACAGUUAUCACAAAUUUCAAAAUACAGAGAUAAAGGGACUUACUGUUUUUGAUGAUAGAGUCAGAUCCCUCUAGCCCUGGCUAACUUGGUCUCCCAAUUUGCCAGUGGUCUUCCUGCCACUGCUUCUCAAAGUGCUGUGAUUAUAGGUGUGUGCCACUAUCUUAAUUCUUACUGGUCUUGUUGCCCUUAACAUGGUGAAUGCCAUUUGGUCAUAUGUUCUCAAUAAUGGAAAGUGUGUGCUUUCAGUGUACAUUAAAAUAGUUUUUAAUAGUUGA